AUGGGUGCUGCCAUCUCAAGAGUAGUCGUAAGACAGGAAUUGGAAAAUAUGAAGGCUGAUUUGGAAAACAAAAGUCUUCAAGAUGUGAUAAAACAAAGUCAAGAAGACCUGAAGUUAUUAGAAAACUCUGCUCUUGACAUCGCCAUCACAGGGGUUUCAGGGGCUGGUAAAUCAUCCCUUGUCAACGCCCUGCGAGGAAUGACAGACUAUGAAAAAGGUGCAGCUGAGACUGGGGAGGUGGAAACAACAACAGAGCCAAAGAAAUAUCCACAUCCCACAUUCUCAAAAGUUGCAAUAUGGGAUCUACCAGGCAUUGGGACAUCUCAAUUUGAAGCAAAGGAAUACCUGAAGAAGGUGAAUUUUAAGGAGUAUGAUUGUUUCAUCAUCGUUGCCUCAAAUCGCUUCACUGAGAAUGAUGUCUUCCUGGCCCGUGAAAUUCAUAAAAUGAGGAAGAAAUUCUACUAUGUGCGCACCAAAGUGGAUGUCAGUAUAGAUUCUGAAAAAAGAAAACCAGACUUCAGUGAGGAGAAAUGCCUGGAAGAGAUUAGGAAGUACUGCUGUGAUAAUCUGAAAAAAGAAGGAGAAUCUAAUCCACAAGUUUUUCUCAUCUCCAGAUGGGAUUUGAAUAUGUAUGAUUUUCCCUUCCUGCAAGUGACUUUGGAGAAUGACUUGGAUGGUCUCAAGAGAGAGGCUUUAAUUCUGGCUAUGCCAGCUUUCUCCAAAGAAGUCCUGAAGAAGAAAAAGGCUGCUGUGGAAGUCCAUAUCAGGAAUGUAGCCCUUGUGUCUUGUGGCAUUGGGGCCAUUCCUGUCCCUGGCCUCUCUCUUGCCUGUGAUCUUGGCAUCUUGGUGGCAACCAUGAGACAUAUCUGCAAGGUCUUUGGCUUGGAUGAAGAUUCCCUCCAUAGACUUGCAAACCGGGUUGGCAUACCUGUUGAUGUCUUGAGAUCAGCUAUCAAAAAGUCUCCGAUGGCCAGCCAAAUCACCAAGGAAUUUGUACUUGAUCUGUUGACAAAGUCAUUAGUGUGUGGAACACUGAUGGCAGUCGAAUUUGUUCUUGAUUUUGUACCAGUGUUGGGCUCUCUAACUGGUGGAGGGCUUUCUUUUGUAACUACCUUCUACAUCCUGGAGAACUUUCUGUAUGAUGUUGCGGAAGAUGCUGAGAACGUCCGGGCAAAAGCUGCAGAGUUCCAACCUGAGUUAAGUGCCAAGAAACACACAGAGUGA